UGUUUACUUAGAAAAUGAUUUGAAAAGAAUGAAAAACAUGAGACGCUCCACCCCCAUAAAUAGGCAAUUCGUAUCAACCCAUGAUGAACAGCAAACCAUAAAAAAUUCUAGAGAGAGAAAGAGAGAGAGAUCCAGCAGAACACACCACAUUGCAUGGCGUUAACGUACACCACGGAAUCCGCCGCCACUACCACCGCCGCCAGCAGAUGCCGGCGGAGGCUCCACCUCAACUGCAAGCACCGACACCGGGGGGUCGUCUGCUUCUUCUACGCCGGAAUAUUCCACAAAAGAUACCUCCUUUUCCUUACGCUUCUCUACAUUAUGGGGCUGAUCACCUGCGCCGGUCCCCUGCUGAGCAUCCUGCACCCUCCGCCGCCGCCGCCGCCGGGAUCACUCUACCGCAGCCAGGAACUGUUCCUGAAGCUCUGGCCUGAAAUUCAGUCAGAUAAUUCUUCCGCUGUUGAGUUGGAUAAUCUAUGGAGAUACAGAAGAAAGCUGAAAGAGCAAAGGCUUUGUCAGAAUGCUAAUGCUCAUCAUCAACCAGUCUCCCCUAGGCUUCAGCGCUAUUUGGUGAUAGAGGCCAAUGGUGGUCUGAACCAACAACGCUCAUCGAUUUGCAAUGCAGUGGCUGUUGCCGGACUGCUAAAUGCUACUCUUGUGAUCCCUUACUUUGAUGUUCAUAACGUCUGGAAAGACCCAAGUAAGUUUGCUGAUAUUUAUGACGAGGAUCACUUCAUAUCCUCCCUAAAAGAUUACGUUAUGGUGGUUCGUGAACUACCAGGCGAAUUGAUGGAAAGCUACAAUUUUAGCAUCAGCGCUAUCCCAAGCAUUAGGGUCCCCGCUUGGGCAUCUGCUCGUUAUUACAUGGAUGAGGUUUAUCAUAUUUUGCAAGAAACAAGGGUUGUCCGAAUUUCCCCUUUUGCCAACAGAUUGGCAACGAGCAUUCCACCAAACAUUCAAUUUUUAAGAUGCCUAGCAAACUAUAAAGCUCUGAGGUUCUCAUCAACCAUAAUGAAUCUUGCGAAGAUGAUUGCCGAUCGAAUGACUGAUAAGAGCUUGAGUUAUGGAGGGAAUUAUGUCUCAGUUCAUCUCCGAUUUGAAGAGGACAUGGUGGCUUUCUCAUGCUGUGUGUACGACGAAGGAGAGACAGAGAAAUCAGAAAUGGAUGUAGUGCGUAAAAGAGGCUGGGGGAAAAAGUUCACGCUUAAGAAUCGGGUUUCUGAGCCUGGUCAAAAUCGCGUAAAUGGAAAAUGCCCGAUGACACCAGUGGAGGUUGGUUUGAUGUUGAGAGGCAUGGGAUUUUCGAACAAUACUCCCAUAUAUCUGGCAUCCGGCAAAAUAUACAAGGAGGAGAGGUACUUAGAGCCUCUUCGAAAGAUGUUUCCUCUUCUUGAGACCAAGUGGUCACUUGCCACUGCUGAUGAACUUGCUUCCAUAAAGGGCUAUUCUUCGAGGCUGGCUGCUCUGGACUACAUGUUAUGUUUGUAUAGUGAAGUAUUUGUGACCACUCAAGGUGGAAACUUCCCUCAUUUCUUGAUGGGCCAAAGAAGAUUCAUCUACAACGGGCACGCCAAGACCAUCAUGCCUGACAAAACCAAGCUUGCAGUCUUACUGCAGAACACGAGUACAAGUUGGGAUGGUUUCAAGGACGAAAUGGAGACGAUGCUAGCAGAAAGUGACCGGAGGAGCAUAAUGGUGCCUAGAGUUAAGAAGUCGACGAGAAAGGGCUCCAUAUACUUGAACCCUUUGCCAGAAUGCAGGUGCCUAUGGGAAUCACAAAACUCCACCUCAAGAUCAGAUUUGUUCUUAUAAGAUACAUGUACAAAGGGCCCAUGCCUACAUAUAUUUUGUUUGCUCAAACAUCGUCCUCGGCUUUCACGCAGCAAAGAGAAGUACGUAGAGAUGUUGCAGAGGGUGAAUGGAUGUUUAAGGUUACAGAGUUGAAGAGGAGAGAGUUGAUCAGCUUCUAUCUUGAUCAUGCCAUGAUGAGUUUGGUUGUCUUUUUACCAACCGAAAAAACUGUGGAAUCAACAAUUUUGUUUGUUGCAUAAGUUUGGAAGACUGCUACUUGCUGUUUCAAGAGCAUGAAUUUGUGACAUAUUUUAGGCUAUUUGUGGGAUUGGAUUUAUUAGUGUGCAGUGUUUAUGUCGUCAAUGACAAACUCUAGCGAUUAAUUUAGGAUCCAAACUUGGACUGUGAGUACAUAUUAGUGUUAUUUAUUGACAUCUUUAUUUAAUUGACAACUCUGUAGUUAUUCAA